CAUGAGUGGCAAGGAGGCAGUUCGCAGGUGAUCGUCAUUGGAAGUAGUUGCAUUUGCUCAAGUCGUGCUCCAAGUUCGAAGUCUGCGGAACGAUGAAGGUCCUUCUUGUUGUUGCCCUGUUGGUGGUCGUUGCCCGCAGCCAGGUGCCCGAGCCAUGUGAGGCUCCAAACGUGUGGGAGGGACGUGUGUUUGAGGUGGUACCCUCUCGCCGAUUUGAGCGCUUCGGCAAGAUCAGCUACGACAAGCUAGGUGAGCGAUUCCGCAUCAUUGAGGAGCUGAACGGUGGCAACACCACGGUCCGAUAUGAUGAGCUCUACCUGCACAAAGAGAAAAUCAGGUACCGCUUCAAUUUGAACACUCGUGUGUGCACCAAGGAGGCACUAACCGAGCCCUUCCAACCCAUUGAGGUGGUCACUGGUGCUCGCUUCGAGUCCGAGCUCUACAUCGGUAGCUCCAGUGUUCCUGGAGGCAGCGUAGCUGUGGAUCUCUUUGGUGGCGAGAGGACCGUGGAAGGACCCUAUCAGGCAACGUUCACCACCCUCCAGUGCAUCCCAGUGACGUCUGCUCAUGUCAGCCCUACCUAUGGAUUUGUUCAUUGGAACUUCUAUGAUGUAACAUUGGGAAUUUCCGACCCCAACGUCUUCAUCCCAAGAUCGGAAUGCCUGACGCUGUAGAUUGAAACAUCUUUACGCUAUCCUCGUCUGGUCGCCUAUCUGCUCACGUCGUCGACACUCGAUCUAGCGUUGUAAUGAGAUGCUAGUGUUGCUACUUUCUUGAAACUCUAUGAGGUUUCCUGCGUGUAUCUGUCCCCUAUACUUCCCUUCAUUGUCACUUCCCUGAAUAUGCUCACGCAUUAUUGUCUCUGUCACUUGUUUUUUCAACACUUCACGUAAUUUUAAAGUCGUGUACCGCUUAUAACCACCGCCUAAGCCUCUGAGCAUGUGUCGGCAUUGCCAAUGUCUUCUUCA